AUGGCGUAUUUGUUAAAUGUUUCGAUUACUGAAGUAUUAAUUGGAGUAACUGUCGGGCUAAUAUGCUGGCUUUGGAUGAGAUCACGGAGACCUGCCGAUUUCCCUCCUGGACCAAUACCACUACCACUCAUUGGAAACUCAGAAAAACAACUGAUGUGGCUGAUUUCGGACUUUUUUACAGCGGGUACUGAGACAACUUCAACUACAAUCAGAUGGGCUGUGGUGUUUUUAUUAAAUAACCCUAAAGUUCAAACUAAAAUGAGAAAAGAGAUUGAAGAUGUGAUCGGAAGCGGAAGACCACCGCAGUUAUCUGACCAGAAAAAACUUAAUUAUUGUGUUGCGGUUAUUCAUGAAGUUCUUAGGCUAGGAAAUAUUUCUCCAACUUCCCUGCCUCAUAGUGUUUCCGAAGAUGUCUUCUACAAAGGAUAUAAAAUCCCCAAAGAAGCUAUCGUUAUGCCGAUGCUAGAUUCUAUCUUGUUCGAUGAAAGCAACUUUCCAAACAGCCAUGACUUCAUACCAGAACGAUUUAUCGAUAAAGAUGGCAACUUAGUGGAUGUGGAUAAAGUUAUGGCAUUCUCUAUAGGCAAGAGAAAUUGUCUUGGAGAGUCCUUGGCUAGAAUGGAACUUUUCCUCUAUUUAACUUCUCUUGUCCAGAGAUUUGAACUGCUACCUCCAGAGGGAAAGGACCCGCCUUCAUUAGAGGGUAUAUAUGGAACUACACAUAGUCCUCUACCAUUUACAUUCCGGGUCCUAUCAAGACACCGGUGACAAUUAAGAUAUUAAGUACUAGUAGACUGUUGUCAGAAUAUUUUUUGUAUUUCUUUAAUUAAAAGUUUUACUCAAA